GGUUGUCUCUAAAGCAUUAACAUCCUCUCUGAUCAUAUCCAAACAGCCAUGGAUCCCAACUCAUACAGUACUCACUCACUCUUUUCUUUGUUUGUCCUCUUGGUUUUGAGUCCCCUAGCCUUCACCCAACUUGAUUACAGAUUUUAUGAUAGUACAUGUCCAAACUUGACUAGAAUUGUUAGGUAUGGUGUGUGGUCAGCUAUCUCCAAUGAUACUAGAAUGGCUGCCUCUCUUCUACGUUUACACUUCCAUGAUUGUUUCGUCAAUGGAUGUGAUGGGUCUGUUUUACUAGACGACGCAAGCAGCUUUAUGAGUGAGAAGAAUGCUGCGCCUAAUCACAAUUCUGUGAGAGGUUUUGAGGUCAUUGAUGCCAUCAAGGCUAACCUGGAGAAGGCUUGCCCUUCAACUGUAUCCUGUGCCGAUAUUGUCGCUCUUGCAGCCAGAGAAGCUGUCUAUUUCGCAGGGGGCUUUAUAUAUUAUUGGUCUGUACCACUCGGCCGGCGAGAUGGCACGACGGCAAACCAAACUGCAGCUAAUCAACAGAUACCAUCACCUUUCGAACCCUUAGAGAACAUCACUGCAAAAUUCACUUCAAAAGGUCUGGAAUUCAAGGAUGUUGUUGUCCUCUCAGGUGCACAUACAAUAGGGUUUGCACAGUGUUUCACCUUCAAGCAAAGGCUAUUCAACUUC